AUGAAGGCUGUAUGUGAUAGAUUUCUUCCUGCAAAGUGUUCAUCAUCAAGCGCAUGUGAAAAGUGUGAUAAAUCCUCAACGUCUCUAGUUUCAGAUUUGGCAUCUAGGGAUAACGAGUCAGAGUUGACGUUAUGCCCGUAUGUGUCUGCGCCUUCUUCCUCAGAUUCUCAAUCAUAUAGGGAAGCUUCAACUUCCGAGCAUAAGCCAGAUUGCACCACACAUAAUGGUUGGACAGUGAUUUUGAAUACAGCUUCUAUGGCAAGUGGGGCAAUUAAGAGAUUUCAAGAGCGUGUUUUAGGGCCGAGUAGAACCGGUAUUUCCAGCCUUACUAGUGAGAUAUGGCUACUGGGUGUCUGUUAUAAAACCUCAGAGGGUGAAUCCUCAGAAGAAGCAGAUUCUGGCCGUGUAUUGACUGCAUUCAAACAAGAUUUUUCAUCCUUAAUAUUGAUGACGUAUCGUAGAGGUUUUGAGCCUAUUGGAGACACAACAUAUACUAGUGAUGUAAACUGGGGUUGCAUGCUUCGAAGCAGCCAGAUGCUCUUCGCGCAGUCACUACUAUUCCAAAGGCUGGGAAGGUCUUGGAGGAAAAAGGAAUCCGAGCCGCCUGAACAGGAAUACUUAGAGAUCUUAGAACUUUUUGGUGAUUCUGAGGCUUCAGCAUUCUCGAUUCACAAUCUUAUACUAGCUGGAGAAUCUUAUGGCCUGGCUGCUGGGUCAUGGGUAGGACCAUAUGCUGUUUGUCGAUCAUGGGAAUCGUUAGCUCGGAAGAAAAGAGGAGAAACUGCUGUUAAACACCAUUCUUUUUCCAUGGCUGUUCAUAUCGUUUCUGGCAGCGAAGAUGGAGAGAGAGGUGGAGCUCCAAUUCUCUGUAUAGAAGAUGUCACCAAAUCUUGUUUGGGAUAUUCAGAAGGAAAAGCUGAGUGGACGCCAGUUCUUCUCCUGGUCCCACUAGUUCUCGGGCUUGACAAAGUGAACCCGAGGUACCUUCCAUCUCUGACAGCUACUUUCACAUUCCCUCAAAGCCUCGGCAUUUUGGGCGGCAAACCAGGUGCAUCAACUUACAUAGUUGGAGUUCAAGAAGACAAAGGUUUCUACCUUGAUCCGCACGAUGUUCAACAGGUAGUGACAGUCAACAAAGAAAACCAAGAUGUUGACACAUCUUCUUACCAUUGCAAUACCAUCCGUCAUGUUCCGUUGGAGUCACUUGACCCAUCGCUAGCUCUCGGAUUCUUUUGCCGGGACAAAGAUGAUUUUGAUGAUUUCUGUAUCCGAGCGACGAAGCUAGCUGGAGACUCUAAUGGCGCUCCGUUGUUCACUGUGACUCAAUCCCACAGAACAAGUGACUGUGAAAUUGCAGAAACCAGCACAGUUGCGUAUACAGAGAUCUCUGGUGAGGAACAUGAAGAUGAAUGGCAGUUACUUUGA